UCUCAUCGCAGUGAAUUUGCUGUGCUGUGUGCUUAGCGGUGUGUUUGUUGUGUUCUGUGCGCUCGUUUAUCUUAUCACUUUUCGGGCAUUUAAAAAGAAACUAAGCAGGAAGUUUUCAGUUUCUUUUGCAACUUAGUGUGACACGGUAGUGUAAACCGCAAUUGUCUGAAAAAAAUAGUACGUUAUUCCCUCCGAAAGCCAGCCGAAACGAUGGAAGCUCCCACUCCUAGUAGUGACGUGCCACCGGUGCUGGAAUCGUGCAUUCCACUGCCCAUCGAUGAAAGCCAGCUGCUUGAGGUUGUCGAGAAGGCCAAGGACUGGGCCAUUAUGCACGGAGCAGCUAUGCGUUCCAAGACGGACUUUAGUCCGGAUGCUCUGCAGUUCGCGCCGUUCAUCCUGACGCCAAGUUCAUUUCCAAGAAAGGAGUUCGAAAAGGCGGUUGAAUUGCAAACCACGCUCAACGAAUUAAUGCAUGCCGCUUCUCACGAUACCGACUUCCUGCGGGACACCCUCCAAGGUACUAUCAAGGUGGACGCGUUUACGCGGUCUCUCUUUGAAAUCUACGAAAUCGUUCUGAAAGAAGGAAUCUGCCAGCCGUUGUCGCUGGGCCUUUUGCGAUCCGAUUUGAUGCUGGAAACGAGAUGCGAGAACGAGUGCCGAGUUCAGUGCCGCCGUGCGAAGGCCUACUGCUGCUGGAAGCAGGUGGAAAUCAAUUCCAUCGCGUCCGGCUUCGGGCACUUGGGACCCGCUAGCAAGAGUCUGCAGAGCUUUAUUUUGAGGGAACUUGGAUACGCUGAGAAGCUGGCUCAGCUACCGGAAAACCGUGCGUUGUACGGCCUAUGUGAUGCCAUGGUCGAAGCGUGGAAACUUCAGGCCCGCCCACAGGCGGUGAUUUUGUUCGUGAUCGAGGACAUCACGUACAACAUUUGCGACCAGCGAUUCCACGAGUUCUACAUUCGGGAAACCUAUCCCCAUAUUCAGGUAAUUCGGCGCACCUUGACUCAGUUGCAGGAGCAGGCCAAGCUGGGUCCGCACAGGGAAUUGCUGUUGGGAAGCGAAAAUCUUGAGGUGUCAGUUAUCUACUUCCGAGCGGGGUACGAACCGGGACACUAUUAUGGAGAGCAGGAAUGGGCGGCGCGUUUGCUGAUGGAACGAUCCUCCGCUAUUAAGUGUCCCUCGAUUCAGUACCAUUUGGCGGGAACGAAGAAAGUCCAGCAGGCACUGGCGAAACCGGGCAUUCUGAAGCGAUUUAUCACCGAUGAACGUAAGAUUGAUACCAUCAAGGAAAUCUUCACCGGUUUGUAUUCGUUGGAUAAAAAUGAGGAGGGUGAUGAAGCGGUUAAAUUGGCCCUAAGCAACCCCGAGCGAUACGUGUUGAAGCCGCAGCGUGAAGGCGGUGGUAAUAACGUUUACGGUACGGACAUUCCUGCAGCGCUGGAUAAAAUGAGUGAGGACGAACGUUCGGCUUGGAUUUUGAUGGAGCGAAUCUUUCCACCGGUAUCCCGAGGUUAUAUGAUACGACCCGGUGGCAAGAUGCCACCGGAGAUUGUUAAUUUGGUAUCGGAACUGGGCAUAUUCGGUGCCGUUAUUGGCACCAAGGAUAAAAUUAUUUACAACAAGCAGGUGGGUCACAUGUUACGUACAAAACUUUCCAGCGCAAACGAGGGCGGUGUUGCUGCCGGUUUAGGAGCCCUGGACAGUCCGUAUCUGAUCGAUUAGGCUGGGGACUUUUUGAUGUUGUUUUUAUUAAACAUAACACAUUUCCACAAAAAGUUAAGCGACUUUUUUGAUGUAUUACAAUUUACACCAGCAUUUUCAUAUACACUUUAAAUUUGCAGUCAAAA